CGCCAAGAAGAAGUCCGAGGCCGCCGCCGCCAAGCUCGUCGACGCCGCUGACCCCGCCGAGCCGGCCGCCCACGACAAGCCCAAGUACUCCUACUUCACCAAGCUGCAGCACGACAACGGUACGCAUCGUCAUCUCGAUCUAUUUCCCCAUCGUUCCUUCUAUAUCCCUUUUAAUUUUUUUACAUAUAUAGACUACAAUUAUUAUUAGAUGAUCGCUCGCUUUGGCUGGCUUGUUUUGGUUGAUGCGAUCUUGUUCUAAUGUGGUUACAGAUCAGUGUAUAUCGUUUUUAUAAAUCGGUCGUUCAAUUUCUUAUAUGUUCGAUCCGUUUGGGAAACCCCUGUGCGUGGUGUCAUGUCACCUGAUGGUCUCUUUCUUUAUGAUUUAUUACUAGUAUAGGUAUAUGAUUCCUGAUUUCGAUCUUGUUAUAUCAAAUCUUCAUCUAUACAGUAUUUGUAUUCGCGUGAUGCAUUCUUGCCGUUUGUGUCGAUUGUCAUACUCAGUUCCAUUUAUGCCACAAUUACUGAUGGGUACAUUGAUUUUGUUGGGUUAUGGUAAUCAUCAUAAUCUUGUGUGGCUAUUGAGUUAUGUCAUGCUUACUUCUCAUGAGCGCUUUGAUUCUCAUAUCACCCCGCCAUGUUUUUGUUGGAUGCCAGGUGUAAGAAAGUGUCGGCAAGAGUUGAAAAGGUUGAGGGAGGUUCUAAUAAAACUGAGGGAGGAGGAAACAAAAUUAAAGGAGAAGCAAGGGAACGAAGGCCGUAUCAGAGAGUUGUUCGAGGAGCAAAGGACACUGAGGCAGGAACAGAGGAAACUGAGGAUCGAGGAACCCACAUUGCUGACUGAAAGGAAAACUUUCUAUGAGGUGCAUGGCAUUCCUUUGGAGGAGGAUGAGAGGAAGAGACCCAACAAUUAUGAUUUUACCGAUGCAGAUUCUGGAAGCAAUUAUGAUGGGGUUAGUGGUAAUGUCUACAAGAAUAAUGACGCUGCCAACUGCGGGGGCAACGACCAGGUGUGUGCUGGUGGUGAGCACUACUCAUAUGGACAUGACGAGAGGCAGGUUCAGAGAGGUCAUGACAACGACAGCAAUGGUGAGAGGCAGGGGAACAGUCAGGGCCAGCCUAGGAUGAAGGUGUACGUGCGCAAGGUGACGGCUUCCUCCGAUGCUGAAACAGAGGCUGAGGAAAAGCCUGAAAGUGCUAGCGUGACAGAAGAGAAGGCGGCCAAUACGGAUAAUGCAGUCGCUGCGCCUGCUUCUGAAUCAGACAAGUCUGCUGGUGGUGCUACCCAAGAUGGUCCUAGCAACGAACAAGGUGCUAGCACUGUGGGAAGAAAAUUUUUCCGAAAGGAAAAGCUUAACGGCUCGGAGAAGAGGAAAAAGAAAAAUGCUAAGAAAACCAGCGGCAGUGAGCUAGAGAAGGCGAAGAAGCAGGAUUCUGAGGUAGAUGGUCCGAAGAAACAAGCUGCGAAGCAACCACUGGAAGAAGAGAAAAAGACCCUUGCUGAGUAUGAGAGGAUGCGUGAGGAGAAAAAGAAGUCUUUGGAGGUCUCAAAAACUGAGAUGAGAAAGGUCACUGCUGAAGAAUUUAAGAACCUGCAGAUGUUGGAGAAAAAGAAGCUAGAUGAUGAGGAAACUGUCAUGAAGGUAGAAAAGGCUCAGCCAAAGGUUUCGGAGGCUAGGAAGAAGGAAAAAACAGUUGAGGUAGAGGGAAAGGAGGCUGCUGCAAAGGAUGCCAAACCUAAGAAGGUUAUCGUCUCUCGCCAAAAUCUUGGGUUCAGACCGCCAAGACGUGUCUCCUAUGAUCAGGAAGCUGCCGUCCAAAACGGCAAUGGUGCGUCGAUGGGUGCCCACAAUGGUGGAGGCAACGGCGCUCCAAGGGGCGACUACUCUGGCCCUGGCCGCCGCGACGGGUCCAACAGGGGCAACGGCGGAUACGGCUACGGCAAAGGCAACGGCGGGUACCCAGCCAACGGUGGGUACCGGCAACAACAGCAGCAGGGCGACAACGCUGGCAGAUUCCAACAGGAGCGCGCUGGCAAUGGCUACCAGCAGCUGGGCGGGCAGCAGCAGAGGCGCCUAGCAAAUGACAGGUACCAUCAGGAGCGCCGCGAUUCUGCGCCGGAUCAGGACGUUGUGGACAUGUCCAAAUUCCCUGCACUGCAUGUGGCCGUCUCGGCUAGAUCAGCCUCGCCGGCCCCAGCUGGGGCCUCUGCUGUCUGCUCCAGCUUCCGCCUAACUCUUCUUAUUAGUUUUUCAUUUUAAUUGUCGGGUGAGAGAUGGAGAGAUGAACGUCGGAAAGCUUCAUGAAAUUUUGUAAUAGAUGCUUUCCUGAUUUAUUUUGUUGUUCCA